AUGCCAGGAAAGGUUGCUACGAUUCCUGCUGCUGCUAGCACGCGCAGUGCAUCCAUCACUGGCGCCGCUGCCAAGCCGGUCGCGCGGACUCGGAGCACUGCUGGCGCUUCCAUCUCGUCGAAAGCAACGUCGUCUGUAACAAGUAAGGCUGCUUCCACCCCAUCUAGUACUCAUUUACCUGCCUCGGAAAAGCCAAGAGCAAGGACGAUAGCAACACUUUCAGUGACAUCAUCGAGUGGCUCCACCUCUUCCACUUCUUCGUCUACUUCUACUUCACGAACAGCCUCCACCGCCACUUCGACUACCUCAACGCGUGUGUCAGCCCAAAAAAGCAAGGUAUCUGCAACAGCUUCCCGACCCACAGCUGCACCGGCUUCUAUACCCUUCUCUUCUUCUGCCAAAACGGCUCGCAGCAGAGCACCAGCGACACAGACCACAUCAAAAUCAGCACCAUCAGCGUCUAGGAAGACCGACACAAUCGUCGACAAGACAUGGACGGAAGCACAAGUGCUCGAAGCACUUGCUGCACCUAAAUCCUUUCCGAUGGCUUUGCCAUACUAUGUGCUUCUCCAGCUCGGCACAACUGCUCAGAAUCUUCACCUCGACCCAGAACUUGGCACCUGCUAUACCUUCGCCACCGCCCCUGCAAAGCUUGCUCCUACACGUCGCGUCUACUUUGCCAAGCAGCUCGUCAACGCUGGCCUUUCUUUCUUGGCUCAUCUCACAACAUCGAGCUGGUCCGCCGCCGCCAAUGAAGCAUCUGAACACGUUUCACAUGUGCACGCUGCCAUCAAUACUUUUCGGAUUGCUUCACGCUUCCUUCUGCUGCCGCGGGAGGAUACCUCUUCAGACACCAUGGCCAAGCAAAAGGAGCUUGAGGUCGAAACCGUUAUCUUGCGUACUUGUACCAAGCUCAAAACUAUCGGGUUCGCAAAUAUUGCUCAUGCCGACUCCGAAUACCUCGGACGAAUCGCUGCUGCUUCCAUCGAUGACGCAGCCACCGACUCGAAUGCAACGCCACACACCAUGCUGCUACCGUCGUUUCAAACUCCUUCAUCAGCACGUAUCGCCUUUCUCAUCGAUCUGCAAAGUAGUAGUGCAGCUCAUGCUCUCGAAUCAGCCGACCUUGCUGCACUAGACUCGAUCUUGUCCGAUCUCAAUCACGAGAAUGGACCUCUCGCCUGGCAGCUCUACGCCCGUCGCAACGGCGGCGGAGAGGUACGAGUCUUGGAUCGAGCCGCAUUUGCGAUAGAACGCGCCAUCUCGAAAGCGUUACAGCGCCUUGAUGCUCCCAAUAGCCAAGAGCACCUUCCUCUUCGUACGCUCGCCCUUCAGCUGCUCGUCCAAGUGAGCGAUCUCGACUUGAGCGCCUUUUGGGAACGAGUCGCGCGCACAGGUGGCGCCGCUCUCAAGACAGCGCAAAAAAACGGAGAGGACAUGGUGGCUGUAUACCACGCGGUGCAAGACACGUUCGAGACGGUCAUCGCUACCGCCACCAAUGUAGCAGAGAAUUCGGAGUCCAAGUCCAAACUGCAAUGUGAUGGCUUCCAGCGCUUCUGCGAGUACUGGCUCAGCUUUGCAAGGAAAGCUGGAAGCUCGGUGGGGGUCGAGCGUGCUACUGCCGCCAUGUCAGGUGUAGAGUCCUCGACACGGUCGGACCUUAUCCAAUCACCUGACGCCAUGGCUGAUGCGACUUCAUUCAGCGCUGAGCAGACUUCAACAAUUGAGUCUGCAAGUCUACCCAAGUUGAGCGACAAGGAGGUCGCCAAGAUCUGCGCUAUCCUCACAGGAAGCGUGUUGGCACUCGACAAAGUACUUGCCGGGAGCUCAGAGGCAGAUACGCAGGCCAAACUUGACAAUGCAGCUAGAAUACUGGAAAAGCAAGUGGCAGCUUGGCCUGUAUCCAGUCCUUUGUCGUCGCAGCUUAAGCUUUAUCGCGUUCUCGACCAGCUCUAUCGUCGCAGCUGUAGCAAGCUCAGCAACCAAGGCUGCGAUAGCAGAGGUCAGCCCAAACCAGACGCGACUGGCUCUGCCGACGUCGACAGGCUCGCCCGUGCCUGCUUGCAGCUCUUACAUAGCCUUUACCAACGUACAGAGACACCUGCGUCGACGUCCGACCUUGCCAGUCUUGCACCCAGCUCAACCCCGAUCCGAACUGCUGCUCUUCCAACGAGAGAUGCCUGUCUCACUGAUAUUGUCUAUGGCUACCGGGUGCUGGCCAACAAACUCUUCAAUAACAUUUCUCGUAGCGCCCGCGAUGAGGCGCUCAACGAAAUGAGCACGUGCCGCACUUUAUUGCAACAGGAUUUGGCCGAGUCGCUUCCCAAAAAGCUCGUCUCGGAACAGCUCCGACUCCUAUCCACCAGCUUCUACAAUCCAGCAGGCAUUCUCUACAACUCGUCCAACUACGUCGAGGCGGCUGUCUUCCUUCAACUCGCUGUCGAUUGUGAUGUUAAGUCUCUACAGCUUCUUCGGGAGUCUGAUACUCAGCUGCCUGCGCCAGAAGAGGAUGAGCUUGAGAUUGCACUGGCUCAACGACAAGAAGCCCUCAACAAAAAGCUCGAGUAUACAGCAGUAGCCUACCGUUUCGCAGGUAGCAAGUUGGAAUCAUUGCAAACCUAUCGCAAAUUGCUCUUUGCGCAUGCUUGUGCUGCAAAUCAGUCGCUGAUUCGUAACGUAGCCGAUGGCAGCGUUGACCAAGCAUUCAAGUCACCAGACUGCAAAGGUCUGGCCAACUCAAUCAAGGCGAUUGUCGACCUUUCGGUUCAUGAGCUCGGUUUUGAUAUGGAUUUAUGCGAUAAGAGUCACAGCCUUGCCAAUUGGUUGCUUGGAAGCACUCAGCUCGAGUCCAGCGUAAAAGGUGCCAUUCUCGAGCAAGCUGUCAGUCUCUUAGAGGCCCGCUCUCAUCUCUCGAUCGCCGUCCGGGCAAUUAAUAACCUCCAUCGAGCGCUACUAGAGGUCUACAGUGCAUCAAGCUUCCCGCUCCGUCGUGCGAGAACGUUGGCACGGAGACUUGAGACGGACGUCUCGUCUCAUGCUCUUCUGCUCUCAGAGGAUGACGUUACUCAGCUGGAAGAGGAUGCUCUUGCUUGCCUCGAUGGUCCAGUACUCGUCAAUGAUGAAAGACUCGCGCGUUUCCAGCCCCAGUACCGCUGCUCGGUGCUACUCUCGACCGCAUUACACGCCCGCUUACGCAAGCCCUUCAAUGAUCCGCAAACCGUCGCUGCGAAGGUAGAAUCAGCUUGCAAGGGUCUCUCCUCGGCAUUGACCGUCCAAUCCAAGAUCGCACAGCCCGCGACUGUACUAGCCUCUCGCAGCUCACCGAACAAUGCACCCGUGACAACAGUGAUGACACCACGGACCAGGAAUGCACCUCGCAAGGCAAUAGCGCCGUCAGGCAAGACUGCAACGACACGAAAGGCUCUCACACAGUGUUCUGCUCCGUCGCAGCCUACUGGAACACCUAUUGCUAACGUGACGACACCACCCUCGAAAUUUGGCAAACCCGCCUUUGACGCGACUGCGUCGGUUCUUCCCUGCCAAACGCUAAAAUCCAAGACGACAGCUGGAGCCCACACGAUCGACCGUUUGCAAUACUUCUGUCAGUCUUUGCUUGUCUUCCACGAGGCGUUCUCCGCGCUGGCCUUGUCUCGCUGCAGCGUGCAGAUCCUCAAACUUGUACGGCAAGCCACACGUCAUGGUGCUGAAAUCGCGCCAGGUCUUGAAGAGACUUUCUGCCGUGCAUCGAUCGAACUUUCUCAGGUGUACUUGGCUCUUGGGAAGGUUUCUCGUGCCGAGUCUGCGCUUCAAUGCGCUACCGGCGUGCUUUCUAGGAAUGCAUCACCCCGAUCCGCUCCCGACAAGCUGCUGCUGGUCUCGCAGGAUGUGCGAUUCCGCUGCCUGAUGGCACAUUCAGAGCUGCUCUCUCACGACCGAGACCUUGUUGGAGCUCAAGCACGCUUCGUCGAAGGUAUCAAGCAUGUCAAGGAACUGAUCAAAGGUGACAAGCCUGCUUCUAGCUCGAUCGACCGUCUCUGUCAGCGCGAGCGGCAGGCGAUCGCUUUCUCGGCAUGCGCACACGUGCAAUUGGCGCGUGGAGAUUUGGCAGCUAGCAUCGAAGCCACCACUCUUGCCUUACGCCAGCUGAUCCGACUGUCCAGCAAUCUAUCUCACAUCGCCAGUAAGACGCAGACGUCGGAAGGUGAUCAAACGCAAGUGGUGCUGUCCGAACAACUCGCACCAUCCAGCGACGCCGUCAUGGAUGAGCAGAAUGAUCAGCGCAUGAAGCAAGGACAGCAGCACCAGCAAGAGCAACAGCUUCCUCAAUUCUGCAGUGCCGUCUUCUCGAGUCUUUUCUGGCGAUGCUGUGGUCGAUUACUCGACAGCUACAUGCGACUCAGUCGGUUGCACAGCAUUCGAGGCUCGGCCGUUGACGCAGAGGCUAUCGCCGGGGAAGGCAUUGACUUUGCCACAUCGCUCCGAUUCGCUUUGCCUCUUGCACGAGCUCUCGUCCAACGAGGUGAGCUCCGUCUGCUGCUCAAUCGAACCGAACAAGGUCAGGAGGACUUGUCGCGCUGCCUCGACCUUCUACAGAACACACGGAUCCCAGAAGUAAUGUCGCUAUCUUACGUCCAGGGUGACUGCCUCAUGCGAAUCGAGCAACUUGGCGAGGCUCUCCGCUCGUACACGUCGGGUGAAGCGACAUUGCAGUCUCUCAGCUCGGCUUUUGCCGAAGCCGAACACGUUAUGCCUUCGCCCAGAGCACCCACGCAUCAUCGCCGGAGGUCGAGCCUCUGUUCGUCCGCCGCACAGAUGCGUGCAAGACUCAGCAGCAGCGGCAAGGGCAUCGACUUGGUGCUGCCUGAGGUGCAAUCAAAACUUUUGCAGAGGCAGGCCUGGAUUUUGCAUCUCAUGGGCGAGUCGGAAAGGAGCGAAGAGGCGGUAGAAAAGGCAACCUUGAUCUGGGAUGGCAUUGCUACCGUCGAUACCCGGGUAGAACAAUUUGUCCUCGAGGGCAGGAUCGCUCUGCGAAAAGCGCUUGAGCAUCUCAAGAACGACCACUUCUUCAGCAUGCUGCCAGAAGCAGCCAUUUCGAUUCCCAUGGUGCCGUCGGUCAGCGUGCGAACACUCGUCGGAGCGACCAGGUCGCACCAAACCAUCUCUGAGGACACGGUCAGAAUGGCGCUCGAGAUGCUGACGCCAGCUGACUCGGCUUUCCGAGAGGCACUGUCUCUGGGCUUGCUGUCCUCGCACUCGCUUGUGCUUCGCGAAGCUUUUGCCAGUUUGGCGCAAGUCUACACAACGCAAGCAGCAUUAGGUCGAAAUGUCAAGACGGCCGCUAACGCUGCUGCUGCUCUGCUCGACUGGGCUUCGAGCAUCGGUGUACGUCGCAACCUCUUGCUGGCUAUCUCUUCCAAACUGCGCGGCCCCAAAGCUGCUCUGGACGACGGGGAAUGGCCUAGCACUGCCUUUGGUGAAGUACGACACAAUUCGAUUGUCUCACAUACUCAGCGUGGGCACAGUGUUGAAGAACAGGAGUCAGACGAAGAGGAGGCGCUGCCGACUAGACUGGCCAAGCUGUCGUUGAACAAGUCCACUCGGACUUUGCCCGCGACUCCAGCUACGCAAUACAAUUCGCUGUCGGCAUUCUGGCAGUCGGUACGAAUGCGUCAUCAGCAAGCGCUGCACGAGUCGGAUACUACCAAGCAUCUGCUUCCCCGCAAUUGGACCGUUAUCUCGAUCUCGGUGCGUAGCACGGAUGUUCAGAAUCUCGUUCUGACUCGACAAGAAGGUGGUGGAGGACUCGAUGGUUGCACUGCCAAAGAGGCGGUGCUGUACAGCCUGCCGAUGAAUCGCCGCAGUCAGAGGGAUGGAACGGAAGAGGAGGAGGAACAGCUGACUCUGGAGGCUGCGCAGGAGAAGCUUGUCGAGAUUGUGCGUCUUAGCAACGACGGCAUCCACGGCGUAAAGGACGUUCAGAGCAUGGAUGCCAGAAGGCGGUGGUGGACCGAACGACACCGACUCGACGACGAGUUGCGCGACCUGCUUCAGAUGAUUCAAGAUAUAUGGCUUGGCGGGUUUAAGGGCGUCUUCUCUGAGCCCGCGUCUGAUGUGCGUGCCAUCGCUACGCUACGAGCGCGGUUCGAGAAGAUCAUUAGACGCGCCUGCUUUCCGACCGCUAACAAGCGGCCCGCCAAACUCAAGCUCGACGAUGCCGUCUUCGAAUGCUUCGCAGGCCUUCCUGCGGACUGUACGAACGAAGAUCUGGAGGAUCUGGUGCACUACGUCAUGGACGCGCUGCAGUUUAGCGGAUUUCAGGUAGCCGUCGAUGAAAUUGAUCUGGACGAGACGGCAAUGGACCUUCGCGGCGCUCUGGAAGAGUUCAACGGAAAAAAGGCACAGACCUCUCCCAACAAGACGAACAUGGCCUACGUGGCAGUCGACGAAGAGGACGAGAUGCAAGACCACCACAUGUUUUUGGUGCUCGACAAGGACACGACGGUGUUCCCAUGGGAGUCGAUGCCCAUCCUGCGCAAUCGGGCGGUGAGCCGCAUCCCCUCGAUGGCGUUCCUGCAAGAUCGGAUUGCGAUGGCCAAGGUAUUUUGCCAAAACUCUGGUGUCAGCCAAGACGAUGACGAUGACGAGAUGGGCGAGCUCGAGCUGAGUCCUCUGCAGAAGGGCAAGCCAGGUGCUAGAUCCCGAUCGCGGUCGCCGAUAAAGGCUUUGCGACCAGCCAAAGUAUCGACACUUGGCGGCAGCAGGACAAGUGCAACGCAAGCUGCGGAUCACACUAUGGCAGCCGCUGCCAACUCGGCUUGGCAGAUCGCUCUUCGCAACGGCAAGCUGUUCAGCCUGUCGAAGCGCAAGACAUUCUACCUGCUCAAUCCGGGAGGUGAUCUGGUGCAGAGUCAGGAGCGUUUCGAGCCGUGGCUUCAGGGGCGUAAUGCCAGCCAUGGAUGGAAGGGCAUCGUUGGGCGUCAUCCCAUCGUGGAUGAGCUCCCGGACGCACUCUCUUCGUCCGACCUGGUGCUCUACUUUGGCCACGGGGGAGCCGAGCAAUUUAUUAGACAGUCGAAAGUGCGCGAGCUGCAACGAUGCGCUGUGACUAUGCUGUGGGGCUGCUCGUCGGCGAUGCUGCACGACAAUGGCGAAUUUGACGGCACGGGUACGCCGCUCAACUACAUGUGCGCCGGCGCUCCUGCUAUGGUGGGAAACCUGUGGGAUAUGACGGAUCGCGAGCUCGACUCGAUCUGCGAGGGAGUGUUUGGCAGACUUGGACUCAUGGAGGCGCGAGAACGAGCCCCAGUGAAGCCAGCGGCUCGCAACAUCAAAUUGGACAGUCGUGGACAUUUACAAGCAAGUCGAGCGCCGAUCGACAUGUCACUGGCACGGGCUGUCGCCGAGAGCCGUAAUGACUGUCGAUUGCCGUAUCUUACGGGAGCUGCUACGGUCGUGUAUGGCGUCCCUGUUUACUGGCGUGACAGCGAUCUGUAA